UAAAGCACCAGCAGCCCAACGCCAUUUCAUUUCCUCCAGUGAUGAUGAGACAGCUUCAAAACAGACAGUAAGGAUUCACACUAUAUGGAUCUCACAUUCAAUAUAAGGACAAUGUUGGCGUUCCUUCUGAUUGUGUUGAGUGCACUGGAAGCAUUCAGUACGCCAAUGCCUCUGAUCAUAGACAUUGAAGAUGAAAGUCACAGUAUUCCUGAUAUCAACGAGGCCGCAGGAUUACACCUGUUUGAUGGAGACAUAAUGAUGCGUAGAGCCAGAAGCUCUAUAUUGGGUGAGGACAAGAGAUGGAGCAGUCCUGUUCCUUAUCUGCUGGAAAGCAGUCUUGAUUUGCAUGCCAAAGGCAUCAUUUUGAGGGCACUCGAGCAGUUCAGACUGAAAACAUGCAUCGACUUCACUCCACGACUAAAUGAAAACCCCUACAUUGGCAUCAAAAAAGAUGUAGGAUGCUGGUCUUCUAUUGGGAAGUCCUUCAGUUCUAAUCAGCCUCUUUCGAUUGGAAGUGGAUGUGAAAAUAUUGCUAUUGUGGAGCAUGAAUUUUUCCAUGCCCUGGGAUUCUACCAUGAGCAAUCAAGAUAUGACAGAGAUGACCAUGUCAUAAUAGUAGUGGACAACAUCCGAGAAGGGUAUGAACACAAUUUUAAGAAAGUCAGUGAGGAUGAUUCUAGCCUCCUCAAUACUCCAUACGACUACACAUCUGUCAUGCAUUACGGUAAAAACGCAUUCACUAACGGAAAUGGAAAUGGGACCACCAUCCUCACAAAGAACCCAGACUUUCAAGAUGUGAUCGGCCAAAGAGUAGAAAUGAGCCCCACGGAUACACUGGAACUUAAUAGGCUUUACCACUGCAAUGAAUCAGUGUCCUUUGUGGAGCAAUGCAGCUUUGAUGAGGAGAGCAUGUGUGAGAUGACGGUCUGCUCCAGAGGUCCAUCCGGAUGGAAGAGAGUGAACCAAACUGAUGGAGGCCCCCAUUCAGACCACACCUACCUGGGCACUGACAAGCAGGGUCAAGGCCUCUUCAUGCACUUCAGCACUGUGACAGGAGAAGAAGGGGAUUCCUCCAGGCUCAUAACCAGGGUGGUGACUCCUAGUAGACUAUGCCAAAUCCAGUGUCUUCAGUUCUACUACUACUACAACGGUAAUGAGACAGACCAGCUCAACAUCUGGAUAAGAGAGUUUGACAGCAAAUACGAUGUAGAAGGAACUCGCAAACUCAUGGGUCAAAUCACAGCUUCCGCAGCUGAUUACUGGCAGCUCCACCAUGUUCCCCUGAAUGCCACCAAGAUCUUCCAGGUGGAGUUUGGGGGCCGCAAGGGAGCAGGGUCUUCAAGUGGGGGUUUCUCUGUGGAUGAUGUAAACCUCUCAGAAACCGAAUGUCCCCAUCAGACAUGGCAGAUACGUAACUUUGAGGAGCUACUGAGCACCAGUGCUAGUGGCACCUACCAUUACAGUCCCAUUUAUUACACUAUUGAUGGUUAUGGCUAUCAAAUUCUAUUGCGAUUGCGAGUAACAUAUUUUAGCCUGUAUAUGCGCCUGGUGUCUGGGGACUACGAUGACCAGUUAGAGUGGCCAUUGGCAUGGAGACAGUUUACAUUCCUGGUGGUGGACCAGAAUCCAAACAUUCAGCACCGUAUGUCGAAACAGAGGAGUAGAACUACAGAUCCAGCAAUGAGAACUUCUGCUGGUCAUCUUUAUUGGGAUAAUCCACGUGAGAAUGGUUUUCAAAUUAACGAAAAUGGUGAGAUUUUUUAUGUCAGCUACGGUUAUGGAUAUGGAACAUUCAUGACUUUGGAUGAGCUUCAACAGAGGGACUUUCUGAAAGGAGGUGAUGUGUUCAUCUCUUUCUUCAUGCAAGAUAUUAGGCCUCUGUCCACAAACCACUCUCUACCCUGCCCCGCCAUUCCACAGCUAAAUGUCAUGGCCAUUUCUGAGGAGAGCAAUUAUUCAUGUUUAAGCACCUCCACCAUUCCAACCACUGAAGAAAGCUAUACUGCCACCACAUCAUCUACUCCAAUCUCCUUAUCCAUCUCCACUGCCACUGAAGCAACCACUCCGAACACUCCUGCCACCACCCCAACAACUCCAACCUCAGUAGCCAGCUCUACUGCCAGCAUUUCUGCCACCACUCCAACCUCUGUAGGAUUGAUUUCUGCCACCACAGCUGAGGGCACCUUCACCAUUCAAACCACUGAAGAAAGCUAUACUGCCACCGCUCCAUCUCCUCCAGUCUCUGUAGCCAUCUCCAUUGCCACUGAAGCCACCACUCCAAACACUCCCACCACCACUACAAAUCCAACCUCUCUAGUCAGCGCUACAGCCCCCAUUUCUGCCACCACUCUGCCUCAGCAGCCUGCCACCUCUUCAGCCAGCCUUACUGACACCAUCCCAACAACUACAGAUAUGACAGAAACAACUCCAGCCACCACUCUGUCCACUCCUGCCAUGACCCCAACCUCUGCAUCUAGCUCUCCUGUCACCAUUCCAACCACGCUGCCAACUCAGGUCACCACAACAACCACUGAAUUAAGCUUUGCUUCCACCACUCCAAUCAAUACACUCUCUCCUCCUUCCACUACCACAUCAUCUACAAGCACUGCCAACCCGAACACAGAUGACCCUGAUAAGGAUGGCAACACCUCCAGCCUUCCAACCACCAAAGAAAGCUAUACUGCCUCUACUCCAAUCUCCGUAGCCAUCUCCACUGCCACUGAAGCAACCACUCCAAACACUCCUGCCAACACCCCAACAAGUCAAACCUCAGUAGCCAGCUCUACUGCCCCCAUUUCUGAAAGCACUCCAACCUCUGCAGGAGUGAUUUCUGCCACCACAGCUGAGGGCACUUCAACCAUUCCAACCACUGAAGAACGCUCUACUGCCACCGCUCCAUCUACUCCAGUCUAUGUAGCCAUCUCCACUGCCACUGAAGCCACCACUCCAAACACUCCCACCACCACCACUACAAAUCCAACCUCUCUUGUCAGCGCUACAGCCCCCAUUUCUGCCACCACUCUGUCUCAGCAGCCUGCCACCUCUUCAGCCAGCCUUACUGACACCAUCCCAACAACUACAGAUAUGACAGAAACAUCUCCAGCCACCACUCUGUCCACUCCUGCCAUGACCCCAAGCUCUCCUGUCACCAUUCCAACCACGCUGCCAACUCUGGUCACCACAACAACCACUGAAUUAAGCUUUGCUUCCACCACUCCAAUCAAUACAUCUCCUCAUUCCACUACCAACCCAAACACAGAUGACCCUGAUAAGGAUGGCAAGUAG